AUGGAGAACGGCCCAUCCUCCGAAGGAAAAGAUCCGUCGGUCUUCUUGAGUGAGAUCACAGGUGCGCCUGUGAUUGUGAAGCUCAACUCCGGUGUUGUUUACAAGGGCGAGCUGCAAUCGGUUGAUGGCUAUAUGAACAUCGCCCUCGAAAAGACCGAGGAGUACGUCAAUGGAAAGCUACGACGGAAUUAUGGAGAUGCCUUUGUGCGUGGAAACAACGUUGAUUCGGAUCAACACCUGUGUUUCAAUGCCACCGAUGACCACACAUGGCUCCGGUACCAGUUCCUGGUUUCAUUGUAA